GUUUGUUGCAUGUAGGACAGCAGUAGCUAGAAAACCAUUCUUCUUUUUCAGUAGAUUAGAAGGCAAGACAAGAGUAGACGAUCCCCAUCCAUCGCCACCUGACCAACCGAAUCACUCACCAUUCACCAAGUGAAAGCAACCAUGGCACCGCCGCGUUGCGGUUACAUACGUGGCCCCGCGGCCAGCCGACACCAACAACAUCCGUCGCCGAUCGAUCGAUAGGCCCCGCCCAACCGAUCCUCACUUCUUCUUACUCUUCUUCUUCCGCGGGCUUCUCCCUCUCCCUCCUAACUCUCUCCUCACACGGAUGCACCUCUACAGGCUACGGCAACGAAGCUAGCUUGCUACUUGUUGGCCUUGCCCAGCAGCUUCUCAUCUUCUCCCCGGCUCGGCCCCUCCCUUUGGUCGUCGACGGCCGCCGCUAGCUGCUGCGACGGCUGUCCGGCCAGGUGUUCUAUUCUAUCUCGGCGGCGGCCCGCUGUCCGACGCCGGUGCGGGGUGACCGAUGGAGUACGUGGCCGUGCGGGCUCCGACUCCGAUGAGCCGCAGGACUCGCCAUGCUUACCAACUCGCCGCCGAUCCUACUGUUCUUCCUCCUCCUCCGUUGCAGACGACGACGACGGGCAACGGCGUGGAACAGCACAAUCAGAGACGCAUGGAUCUUGAGCACGAGGUGGCGGAGCUGAAGCAGCAGCUGAGCAACGAGGAGACGGUGCACCACAUCCUGGAGCGCGCCCUGCGCCCAACCACCACCACCUCCUCCUCCUCCUCCGCGCGUUCCGUCCUCCUCAACAUCCCGGCCUUCAUCCCGGCCAAGGCCAAGCAGCUGCUCGCGGAGCUCGUGCUCGUCGAGGAAGAGAUCGCGCGGCUCGAGUCGCAGAUCCACACGAUGAAGGGCGGCCUAAUUACCACCGCGCAGCAGCAACGGGCGUCCAUGGCGACCACCACCUGUGCCUCCUCCUACUCGCCAAGUGUCUACACCAGCAACGGCAAUGGCAAUGGCAAUGGCAACAGCAACGGCACGGCGGCAUACGCGGCAUCAAAUCGUCAGCCGGCUGAUCAGGUGGCGCCGGAGAUCAAGUCCAUGUUCUUCAUCAGCCAGGCCAUGAACGCCGAGUACCUCCAGCGCCAUCUUGCCGCCGACGACAAGCCGGACAGGAGCCCCAAAGACCAGACCAGAGGAUCGGGAGCCGCCGCCAUCAGCCUAAAGUUCAACGAUGACAUCAUUGGCCCCCCGCCAAGGAAUUCCCAUGACAAGAAGCAAUCGAAUAGCGCAGACGAAAAACCACCGAGGGUCACCCAAGAACCUUCGCCGCCGCCGCUGACGGCGAAGAGGGACGAGCAGAGCAAGGUCCAGCCGAACAAGCUGUCGGAGAGGAUCGUGAAAUGCCUGGCGGUGAUCUUCAUCAGGCUGCUCCGGUCGUCGCGGGCGGCGGAGAUGGACAAAUCCGGCAACCUCGCCAGGUCCGGGAACCUGCAGGGGAGCUUCAGGAUCGACGCGGCGCUGAACGUGGCGGCGGGCGCCGCCAAGGAGAAGGACAGGGGGCAGCAGGAUCACUACGGCAUCUUCGGGAUACAGGACUCCAUGGUCAGAGACAUCGGCCCCUACAAGAAUCUCGUCAGGUUCACCUCCAGCGCCUUCGACCUCAGAGGGUUCUCCAGCUCCCCUCUGCUCACCAAGCUGAGGGAGAUGUUGGAGGCCUUGCAGCAGGUGAAUUUAAGUAUUCUCACACACCAGCAGAAGCUAGCAUUCUGGCUCAACAUAUACAACACAUGCAUCAUGCACGGGAUUCUGCAGCAUGGUUUGCCCUCAAACUCUGAAAAGCUGCUAGCACUGAAGAACAAGGCAACGAUAAAUGUUUCAGGGCAGAAGUUCAAUGCUCUGGUAAUAGAGAAUUUCAUCUUGAGACAGCCAUCCAGUGUGAAAGAAGAAUUCUGGAAAUGCGACGUCGAUGUUGAAGAGCAACAAGUGAGGAGUCUCUACGGAUUGAACAGUUCAGAGCCCAACAUUCUGUUCGCGAUGUGCUGUGGCACCAGAUCUUCUCCAGCACUCCGGAUAUACAAGGCGGAUCGCUUGAUGGCGGAUCUGGAGAAGGCGAAGCUGGACUACCUGCAGGCGUCGCUGGUGGUGACCUCGACGAGGAGGCUGAUGAUCCCAAGCCUGAUACACUCCAACACGCACGACUUUGCCAAGGACAUGGAGUCCCUGCUCAGGUGGAUCUGUGACCAGCUCCCCACAUCUUGGUCGCUCAGAAAAUCCAUGGCGGACUGCUUGAGGGGGCAUCUGAAGGUCGAAGACGUCGUGGAGGUGAUCCCAUACGACUAUGAGUUUCAGUACCUGCUGCCCAAGUGAACACAUCCGCUAUUUGUUUCAAGUUAAGUGUACCACUACACAAAUGGCGUACAGUACAUAUUUCCAUGUAUAUUGUUGUCUUAGAGGUAAAAAUAGUGGUUUGAUAUGUGCA